UCUGCGCAUGCGUGUCAGAGGCGCUUGCUGCGGACCGGUCAGGCAGUUCCUUCCUUGGAAGGAGAGAUUCCUCUGCCAUGGAGUCUUACGAUGUGAUCGCCAACCAGCCUGUUGUGAUCGACAACGGAUCCGGUGUGAUUAAAGCUGGGUUUGCUGGUGAUCAGAUCCCCAAAUACUGCUUUCCAAACUAUGUGGGCAGACCCAAGCACGUUCGUGUCAUGGCAGGAGCCCUUGAAGGUGACAUCUUCAUUGGCCCCAAAGCUGAGGAGCACCGAGGGCUGCUCUCCAUCCGGUACCCCAUGGAGCACGGCAUUGUCAAGGAUUGGAAUGACAUGGAGCGCAUCUGGCAAUACGUCUAUUCUAAGGACCAGCUGCAGACGUUCUCAGAGGAGCAUCCUGUGCUCCUGACAGAGGCACCUCUGAACCCGCGGAAAAAUCGAGAACGCGCUGCUGAGGUUUUCUUUGAGACCUUCAAUGUGCCGGCCCUUUUCAUCUCCAUGCAAGCUGUACUCAGCCUUUAUGCCACAGGCAGGACCACGGGGGUGGUGCUGGACUCUGGGGACGGCGUCACCCACGCUGUGCCCAUUUACGAGGGCUUUGCCAUGCCUCACUCAAUCAUGCGCAUCGACAUCGCCGGCCGGGACGUCUCUCGCUUCCUUCGCCUCUACCUGCGUAAGGAGGGCUAUGAUUUCCAUUCAUCCUCGGAGUUCGAGAUUGUCAAGGCCAUAAAAGAAAGAGCCUGCUACCUGUCCAUAAAUCCCCAGAAGGAUGAGACGCUAGAGACGGAGAAGGCUCAGUACUACCUGCCUGACGGCAGCACCAUCGAGAUUGGUCCUUCCCGAUUCCGGGCACCUGAGCUCCUGUUCAGGCCUGACCUGAUCGGCGAGGAGAGUGAGGGCAUCCAUGAGGUGCUGGUGUUUGCCAUCCAGAAGUCUGACAUGGACCUGCGGCGCACGCUUUUCUCUAACAUCGUGCUCUCAGGAGGCUCCACCCUGUUCAAAGGUUUUGGUGACAGGCUACUGAGUGAAGUGAAGAAACUGGCUCCGAAAGACGUGAAGAUCAGGAUAUCAGCACCUCAGGAGAGACUGUAUUCCACAUGGAUUGGGGGCUCUAUCCUCGCCUCCCUGGACACCUUUAAGAAGAUGUGGGUCUCCAAGAAGGAAUAUGAGGAAGACGGCGCCCGAUCCAUCCACAGGAAAACCUUCUAAUGCUGGGACAUCAUCUUCACCUUUCUCUGAAGUUAACUCCACUUUAAAACUCGCUUUCUUGAGUUGGAGUGUUUGCGAGGAACUGCCUGUGUGUGUGAGUGUGUGCGUGGGUACCAGUAUGUGCACCUAUGCGAGUGCCAUGUGGCCCCAGAAUCCCAGGGCCCAGAAAGGACGAUGAACUACCCAUGAUGGUGACGGCCUGAGGCCUGGGGUUGACCACUGGCUGGCCCCUGGCAGGGAAGAAUGCUGGCAGAGGGCCCCACUCCUUCAUCUGCCGGGCCUUUGCCUGGCUGUGUGGGACUAUGUUUACUACCUUAGGGACACAGAGGGAGGUAGACCUAACCCUGGAACACCUUGCUGCUGCCCUUCCCAGGCUGGACGAGCCCUACCCCCACCCCACCCCCAGGUGCCCUGAGGCCCACAGCCGCUGCUGCCUCCCUUGCUCAUCAUUCUGUUCCCGAUGCCUCUUGAUCACGGACUGAGGACUGGAAACGGGGUUGAGUUCUACCCAGUUUUGAUUGCCGUUUGGGUCUGGGAAGCUAGAAGGGCUGUUACUGAGACUCCAGGGUCAGGAGAGGGCAGGAUGCCCUUAACUCUACCUGGGGCCAGGACCACACUGGGCAUUUGAGGAGGGCAGGAGUCCUGCUACUUCUGAUUGGCGGGAGAGUUAAUGUUCCAACCCCAAGCCCCUAUCCAAGGGGUUCUCCAGAGAGUUUAAGGAGCCUGUUGGCUCCAGGCCCCACUACUUGCUUUUCAUCCGUCCUUGGGUAAUGCCAUCUUCAAUUUUAUUUAUUGAAGUGUUUGUUCAAAAUAGAGACUGGAGGGAGGGAGCUCACUGCCUCCUGCCCACGGGUCACCCUUUUAACACUAAUGUUUACAGCACCUAAGCUUAGUGUAACCUCCAGGGCCUCCUUGCUGCUGGUGAAACAACAGCAUCCAUGGGCUGAGGCCAUGUGAGAUCUGAGCUACACGAAGACACUCUGCCAGCCUCUUUCUCCCUCUUCCACUUGCUCGCUGCCCUGGAGUCAACAGGCCGGUUGCUGCUUGGGUUUUCUGAAACAGGAGGCAGAAUCGCUCUUUGGCAGAGGCCCUAGCAAAGGAGUGGUGUUGGGUAUCUAGCCCCAUUAGGGUUGGAGAGAAAGGUGAAAUUAGCCAAUUUGCCUUUUCCCACUCUAGCUGACCUGAGGGGCUAGGCUGUAGAGGUGAGAAGGCUCCUUCUGGGCUGGUUUUGUGCCGUUCUUUGGGCUCAUUUGGUUAGGGAGGGAGGAAGCCAGACCUAGGUGCCAGGAGCUGGUAGGCUCAGGCUCAUCUCUGGUCCAGUGGGACCAGGCUCCUACCCUGGACUGGGUUGGCCUAGCAGUGGUCCAAAGGCCCUUAACCCCAGAUGGUACAAAGCUGGGGCUAGCAAUUGUUCACGGGCACCCUCACCUGACACCAAGACCUGCCCAUCCCCGAUUCAGGCAGUAUUCUCCCCGUGCCGUCCAGUGACCAAAGGCCCUGCCAGGUAUGGGCCACAGCAGCAGGUGUGUGUGAAAGCAGUGUGGCAACCGCGGACUGCAGUGUGCUUAACCAGCUCACCUCCCUUCUUUUAGCCCAAGCCUGUCCCUCGCACAGCCUCGCACAAACCACGUUGCCUGGUGGGGCCCAGUAUACUUAAUAAAGUCCUUCCAAUAGA